AUGUUCAGUAGCAUUUUUCGUCAUAAACUGGCGGUGAUUAAUGCCAUGUUAGAAGAAAAUUCCGCGAAUUGCAAAAUUAUCUCCGACUCUUCAAAAUUCAGUUGUCUUUUUCUUUCUCUGACGGUUAUUUUGGAUUUUGUGGAAUCACUUUGAACACGACAUAAAUUGUAAACUAUAAAAACAACCCGAGAGGAAAAAACAUCAAAAAAAGCUCAAAUUAAUAUAUAUUUUUUUGAAUGCCUUUGACUUUAUCCUAGAAGUAAUCCCUCAAGGGGCGUCACUAAAUCGCUCCACGGCCAAUUUAGAGCCCAUCAAAGAGUUUUUUUUUGUUAUUUUUUAUUUUAUCUGCUUUUCAAAAGAUUUCCUAUAGCUUUUUGCGAAGAAGUUUAAUCAUUAAAAUUGAUUGAAAGCUUUGAAUUCAUGAGGAAUAUGCAAACUUGUGGUGGAAUAAGUUUCAAUUCAAUUUUUUUACUUUUUCAUUUUUCUUACUGGUUUAGCACUAUAAUAAGUCAUAAGUGAAAUUCAGAGCAAAGCCACGUGAAAUUAAUCUAAAAAAAUUUUUCAAAGCGAUGGUUUGAUGGUUCUGAACUUCCGUUUUUCGAAAAAUUUUUUUCGCGCUUCUGUUCUAUGUAGCAUCAGAAAUUUUCAAUUUUUCGGUUCAUCAAAUUAUUCUUCGAGUUAUUUUUGAAUUAUAAAUCGGUUAAUCUUAAUCUUUAGUGAAUGAAUCUUUCGGCAUCUUCCUUUAUUUUUCAUUCUCUGCACUGUAAGCUAUUCUUUUGCUCAAACUUGGGCUGCGGGUGAUAACUCUACGGUCGAAGGAUGCUCGUAAGUAUACAAACAAUUUUUUUAAUAAUUAUUCCAUUAUGACAGAAAUCGCUGUUCUGUUGAAGACAAUAAUUUGAAAUGCUGGAACAGCGCCUCUCAGUUCUACGAGCAAACUCUUCUGGGAAGCAUGAGAAGUUACAUUUCAAUUCUUGUAAGUACCUCCUAAAUCACUUUUUUUUUAUUACGCCAAAAUCUUUUUGAGAUUGGGAUCGAUCAAUGGCAUCGGCGUCACGGCUUAGACGACGGCAUCAAUUUAACUAAGGUUCACAGCGUUCUCUUUUUUCUUUUAUAUUUCUGGCUGGAUUUUAGAUAGGAUUGGAAAAAUCUCGAUUCCUAUCAGGAUUUUUGGAAGAGGACGACGUUCUCGAUUCAGAUGUCCUCGGUUUUAUGAGGCUCCUCACGGCCCGUGCACAAAAUGUCUAUCUGAAAAGAGUCGAAUGAGAUUAUUCACCUGUUUCAGAUGUCAACAGAAGUUCUGUCGUCUAUUCCGCACUAUCAAUGUCCUUUUCCCUGUGAAUACCGUCAUGACAUGUACCGCAAUCUCUUCAUAGCUUCGGUAAAUCUUUCUUUCGAGUUUCUAAAAAUCUACAAUACUCAAAAAAUUCAUUUUAAGAAAAAACGUUUUUCGUUCUGUGUUAAAUUGUUUUUCAGAUGGUUUUAAACGUUUGUCUUCUUCUCACUGUAGUUCCUUUCGUCGUCAAAUUGAUGAGACAGGAAAACGAAUGGGCGAAAGAAACUUUGAUCCCGACCCGUCGUUGA